GUUUCUCCGUGCACUGCCACGUUAGUAGCGGUAGACACAAAAUUUACCAGCUACUCGCCCGAACCCSCUAAACAAGAGGGAAGUAACCGAYUAAAGACGAAGUGACUCACUUCUCCGCGGCUGAGCCUCCUCUCCCUGACCGGAAGAAAAAACUCGACGGAAAAAUGCUGAAGUUUUGGCUCCUGUGCACCUUGGCUGUAGCCUGCCGAGCUGAGAUCGUAGAAGAAGAAGAUGUUCUGGUGCUGAAGAAAAGUAACUUCGACGAGGCUCUUCAAGCUCACCCCAACAUUUUGGUGGAGUUCUAUGCACCAUGGUGUGGCCACUGCAAGGCCCUGGCUCCGGAGUACGCCAAGGCCGCCGGCUUGCUGAAGGCCCAGAGUUCGGACAUCCGCCUGGGCAAAGUGGACGCCACCGAGGAGACGGAGCUGGCGCAGGAGUACGGCGUCCGAGGAUAUCCCACCAUCAAGUUCUUCAAGGGCGGAGAUAAAGAGUCUCCCAAAGAGUAUUCUGCUGGCAGGCAGGCAGAUGACAUCGUCAACUGGCUGAAGAAGCGAACCGGGCCCGCCGUCACCACCCUGAGCGAGGUCACCCAGGCGGAGGCUCUGAUAGCCGACAACGAGGUGGCGGUCAUCGGGUUCUUCAAGGAUGCAGAGUCUGAAGGAGCCAAAGCUUUAGAAAAAGCAGCUGAAGCUGUGGAUGACAUCCCCUUCGCCAUGACCUCCAGUGACGACGUUUACUCCAAGUUUGAAGUGUCCAAGGACYGCAUCAUCCUCUUUAAGAAGUUUGACGAAGGCCGCAACACCUUCGAUGGAGAGCUGACCAAGGAGAAGCUCCUGGCGUUUGUGAAGUCCAACCAGCUGCCUCUGGUCAUCGAGUUUACAGAGCAGACUGCUCCUAAAAUCUUCGGAGGAGACAUCAAAUCCCACAUCCUGAUGUUUCUGCCUAAAACUGCUUCAGACUUCCAGGACAAAAUGGACCAGUUUAAAAAAGCAGCCGAAGGCUUCAAGGGUCAGAUCCUGUUCAUCUUCAUCGACAGCGACAUCGACGACAACCAGCGCAUCCUGGAGUUCUUCGGCCUGAAGAAAGAGGAGUGUCCCGCCAUCCGCCUCAUCACCCUGGAGGACGAGAUGACCAAGUACAAGCCAGAGAGCAGCGCCAUCACGGCCGAGAGCAUCACGGAGUUCUGCAAGCUGUUCAUCGAGGGGAAACUGAAGCCACACCUCAUGAGCCAGGACAUCCCAGAAGACUGGGACAAGAACCCCGUAAAGGUUCUGGUGGGCAAGAACUUCGAGGAGGUCGCCUUCAACCCUUCAAAGAACGUCUUUGUGGAAUUUUAUGCACCUUGGUGUGGACACUGCAAACAGCUGACCCCCAUCUGGGAGCAGCUGGGAGAAAAAUACAAGGACAGCUCCGACGUCAUCGUGGCCAAGAUGGACUCCACAGCCAACGAGAUCGAGUCGGUCAAGGUCCACAGCUUCCCCACGCUGAAGUUCUUCCCUGCAGGAGAGGAGCACAAGGUGAUCGAUUAUAACGGGGAGAGGACGCUGGAAGGAUUCACCAAAUUCCUGGAGAGUGGAGGUAAAGAGGGCGGUGCCCCUGCAGGAGACGAAGAGGGGGAAGCAGAGGAUUUGGAAGACCUGGAGUCAGACGCUGAGGACGGCAGCGACGACGAUGGAGACGAUGGACACGACGAGUUGUAAAAAGCUUCAGGAGAGAAGAGGGAGAGGAGACCCCCCCACCCCCCUACAACCUUUUCAACCACCAUCUUGAGCUCGUGACCCCUCCCUGUCCCGUGAACAUUAACCUUUCUUUAACCUGAACCAGCUGCUCGCUCCAUCGGUGGCUGGCUCAGGUGUUUCUCCACCAGCUACAUCCUCAUCCUGUGUUUCUGGUCAGACUGGUCUUGUCCCUCCUGGGGGGUGGGAGACAUUUGGAACAGCGCACCCCAUCUGCGGGGAACCAACGCCUCGUCCUCGAGGCUCCAUAUCAGCUGUUUGCRUUCAACACUAGACCAAAUAUUAAAAAAGUCAUCUUGUUUUGAAGUUAAAUUUCCACAUUUACUCACCUUUUAUUCUGUAAGGGGGGCGGGGGUCUGCCAGUGUUCUUCUCCCUCUUAAACAAAACAAAUGGACCAGUGUUUGGUUUUUAAGGACCGAUCUCAGGGGACGUGGGGCCAUUCUUUUAAAGCGUGUCUUUGUUCAGAUAAACCUGUUUACUCAUCGUAGCACAAAGAGUGUCCUCCCUACAUUUAUCUAGACAGACCAGUUACUUUUUUUUAUCGGGGGGGGGGGMCCAUUUACUUUUAUAUCCUCAUUCCCAAACGGUUCAGCUACUGACUCGUUUUUAUUUAAUUGCUGUUGCAGUAAGGUUUUUGUUCAAUCGCAGCUUUACCCUCUUUGUUUGUAUUUGUGCCCAGUUGUUGGGGCAGAUUUAACCCCCCCCCUCCCUCCGGACACAUUCUCGGACCCGGUUGGUGUCUGCAGCCAGUUCUGACGGGUCGCACUGCGUUCAUGCCUAAUGGGAGAUUCACUGGUUUACUGAAGCAGACAGGUUCAGUCUGAGAAGAGUGGAGGGAACAGUUGCACAGCCCCACCCCUCACCAUCCCUUUUGGCUCUUCACAGCACCCUUAGUGUGUGUGUGUGUGUGUGUGUGUGUGUGUGUGAACGAGGGGUGCUGUGAGCAGAGUAGGGUGUUUAUCAGUGGUGGGGGAGAAACUAACAUUCCAUCAUUGUUGAAAUUAAUGUGGAAAAUCUAAAUUGGUGGCCAAUAAAAACAGAAAAAAACA